UUGCCUAAGAACUUGCAAGGAACUCUAAGGGAAAAUCUGUGUGUUUAGACAACAGAAAAACGUGAUUGACAGAUCAUCAUUACGGUUACAAACUUCUCAGUCCAUGUCAUCGAUUUCUCUAAGUGCAAUGCCUCAGGUCCCUUCUUUGCGACGUAGAACCGCUUUACACCGCUACAUCUCUACUAAAGUCCUAUUGGCUGAGGGUGAGGAGACGCCUUUCACAGAGCAUUGUCGCAACUAUGAAAACAAGUUUCAGAUUCUACAGACAGAGAUUCAAAAGCUGAAGGAUCAGAUGCAGGAGCUGCACAGAGACCUGACCAAGCACCACUCGCUCAUCAACACAGACUCCACCAAGGAGAUCCUGGAGAGAUCUGUACACAUUGACGAACAGAUCACAGCACAAUACUCUGCCAUGCAGACUCUGAGGACUAUGUUCGAGGAGGCAUGUGAGGAGACAUUUCCAAGACUCACGAAUAAGCAGGAUAUCUACGAAGCACAGCUCCAAGAUCUUCUCCAGUUAAAACAGGAAAACUCUUACUUGAUGACUAUUGCACGGCAGAUUGGACCAUACAUUUUGUCUAUAGCAAAAGUCAAGGAGCGCCUUGACCCCAGGUUCCAUGAGCCAAAGGAACUGGAAGAUGACUGCACAGAAACCACAUUGAAAAUCUAUAAAGAUAGAUCAGUGACCAAUAAAUCACAGCACAGGUGAUCAUUUAUCCUGCUAAUGGCUUACAAUAUUCACUACAAAAAAUUAUAU